AUGACGAAUCCAGGAUUAAGCAACAAGAAUAACAGGCAGCGUUUAGGCAUUACAGAGCCCAUCUCAAUGGGUGGGCCUACAGAGUACGAUGUGAUGAAAACGAAGGAGCCUGAAGAGUGUUUGCAAGAUGCUGGAUUGUACGAGAGUCAGGAAGAGGCUGUUGGCAGGGAGGAGAUACUUGGCAGACUAGACCAGAUUGCGAAGGUAUGGGCCAAAACGAUUAGUCGGGCUAAGGGUUUCAAUGAGCAACUGGUGCAAGAAGCCAAUGCAAAGAUUUUCACUUUCGGUUCUUAUCGAUUAGGGGUGCAUGGCCCAGGUGCAGAUAUAGACACUCUCUGUGUUGGACCCAGAUAUGCAACAAGAGAAGAGGGUUUCUUUGGUGAACUACAUAGAAUGCUAGCAGAGAUGCCUGAAGUUACAGAAUUGCACCCGGUGCCUGAUGCUCAUGUUCCAGUGCUGAGCUUCAAGUUUGGUGGGGUUUCCAUAGAUUUACUCUAUGCUAAACUGAUACUCUGGGUUAUUCCUGAAGUAAGUACUGAUUUUAUUCUUGAAGAUGGUUCGGGUCAUCCUAAUCUGUAUCUGCUUUUUAUUUAUUUUUUUCUUUUUUCUUUAAUAUUUUUAUAAAAUGUGUAUCAAAUG